AGUCUCUCUCUUCCUUUCGUUCCAGCUACACAAUGGAGUCCCGACAUAUUUUAGUACAAGCCCUUUUGGUGGUGUGCUUGACGCACCUGGCGCAUGGGAUCUUCUUUACGAGUUCGAAGGAAAAUGAAUACCCGAGGAUAGGUAGGCGCGGUUUCGUAGCACCCCGCCCGGACUUUGAUUUAAAUGAUUCCAGAGAUUUAUACGAUAACCGAUUACUCGCAAAGGCGUUAUUAAUGGAACUGUCUGCGCGAGGAGUCAAGCCUUUCAAAUUACCGACACAAGUCGAACACGGAGCAGACGAUUUCGAUACAAAAACGAGGCAGAUCCUGAACGAGGAUACUCAUAACGGAUACCCACAAAAUUAAACAAAGUCCAUCAAUCUGGAUAAAAUAUUCAAACUGGAAACAGUUGCUGCUGUUAAGCAGGAAAUGGUGAGAGUCACGUGAUGACAUUGUCACUUCCUGUAACCUGAAAGGACAUAAUCGGUGCUAUUGAAUUUCAAAACAGAACUUCUCAGAACUUUCUUGUUACGUCGCUUUAACUUCAAGUGGAGAUUCAAAUAAUUUAACUGAGCGAUGGUAUUACUUUUUGGAUUUUGGGGCACUUGCAUAGGGCAAGUGAUUCGCAUUAAACCCCAAAGACACUUACUUAUAAUCAUGUUAAUUUCAUUCUCAUACACGAAAUUUAAGAACAUUUGUUUUACCGCAGAACAGCAUCAGACAUUUUCAUAAAACAUUUAAUGCCUUCGAAAACAUAGAAACAGUGAAUAGGAUAGGUGCAUUACCAAAAUGAAUAAACAUCACAAACCAUGUUCUGCUCUGCGUAAGAUUAUUUGAAUCCAUACCAACCUUUCCAUUGAUUUUUCACACACAAGUGAAAUUUUUAUACCUAGGUUUAUCCUAUUAGGAAAUUUGAGUACUCAGUGAGAGACCAAAUGUUUUCCAUCAAAACUCUGACAACCAUUCGUCUAAUUGUACCUGCAAGAUUUCGAUAGGAGGGUCACCUUUUAUUUAGUCGAACUACUACAGUGUAUUUAGAAGAUUUAUUAUUUCCAUACAUGUAUGUAGUUCCGGUGGAUAGUGCCUCACUUUGACCAUGUAGUAAUAUGUAGUGCCACUUUUUUAUUAAUAAGGAACCUCUCCUAUUAAUUUCAGCAAGGUAGAAAGACUUCAAUGUCAGGUUCGUUUGUGGGCAUUGUUUGUAUGAGGCCCGCUCUGGUAAUUGGUGAUAAAGAUGGCCGUGUCAAGGUCAUCGCUGUGGCGCGUAUAUCUUAUAUCAGUGUAUAAAGCAGCACCUUUUGAACUGAUAUUCAGUCCGUUUUUCACAAUUGGACUCGAAAACCCCAAAUUCAGAUUGAAAUCUGAUUUGAACGGAAGGAACAGGCCUCUAAUCCAAGAAGGUGAUCAUCACAUUCACAGAGCACUUCCUCAACCACACCGCCUAGGCCCUAUGCCAAUCUUGUGACCUCUUUUUCUUUUUUGGAGUGACGGUGAAAUUCCGAUUGUCUAAUAUGUCUUAAACCAGCUAUACAACAGAUGGCAGACCCUUGAAAUAGUCCACGCUUCAUCAGGAAAAGCGCAGCGCCGGGCAAAGUUAAUGUCAAGGUUUCAUUUAUAAAUAUGAAAAUGUACACUAGCCUACAUGUACUUUUAUUUGGUGUUGAUAUUUUUUGUGUUAUGCAUUACCCAGUAUCAGACCUGCUACUUUCCACUUACCUGCUAUCUCAUUAUCUGCAAAAGACCAGCAAAGAGUGGCAGAAGCCCAGAACUUGCAGCAAGGGUGUUUGUGUGUUCCUUGGGCGGUUCCCAAACAGGGCAAAAGGGUAUGAAAUAAACUCACCCAAACACGGGACUGCCGACGCCCACCAUAUGCCCACCAUACGUCGUCCGGCUGACCUCAUUCUCUGGACCAAUUCCAUGCCAAGCGGGGUGCCGCCCACCGCUGGCGUCUUCGGCCGGUCUUACCAAGACCCGCCAGAAACAACUACCGACACAGGAAGGUUGCUUGUGUAAAAGUGGACAGAGACUGGUGAAUGGUGAGGAAAAGAAGCAGUCACGGCAGGCUUGGAUUUUGACAGGCUCGGAAAGAUCAUAACGCGGACGUAAAAGUGUCUCCGUGUGGACAGCUUAGCGUUUCUCCAGUGGAGGUUAGCGGCAGGCUUUCCUGCUGUAAAUAUUAUCCCCGUCACAUCUCACCCCUUGUCACCGAACCCACUACCUUUUAAGUCACCAGAUCAAUCGCUCUGCUCACAAUUUACAAACCCACGACUCUCUUCCGCUGGGACUUACAAAGAUCUCCCAUCAUAGUGAGCAAAAUGUCAAGGAAAUUACUGACUUUAUGUAAAUAAAGAGUUAAUUCUUAGCAACAUCGAUAACGAAAGUCACCAUUCGAAGAACAAAGUUCGAAAACCACUUAUCAUCAUAAGUCAUUUUUAACAGACAAGAUCUGAGUUAUCUCUGUUUGAAAUUAUCGUAUUUCUGAUAUUUUAAUAUCGAGGAGUUUGCUCUCAGCGGGACUGGGACUGUCCAAGAUUAUUUUUUGGGAAAUAACAUUAUGAUUAUACAUUUUAUGCUCAACCAGUGUAUAUAUUAUCAAACAUUGAAGUUAUACGCAAAGAAAAAAACAUCGCUUUUGACUGAGAGUUUUGAAUUGACAACAUGGUCUUUGUUGGUUGGAAUCUCCGGGGUUGGUUCGUGCUAAACAAUCAAUGGAGUUUUAUCUAAAGUGGUCUUUAAUGUCACGAUGAUAUAGUGAGGUAGGAAAGUUCACAUUAGGUCAUUACCCGAGCUUUUAUUUAUUCACGCAACAGCUUCACAGAUUUUGAAAUAGCCCAGCAUUACAACCGAAAAUCAGCCAUUCAAGUCCACUCUUGGAGGAACAAAUGAGAGAGGUCAAUGGUGAGAUGACUGUCUGCCAAGAAGCGGAUCUUCUUAGGAUGCGUAUAGUGUGGCACGUGAACCACCGAUGCAGCCUGCGCCUCGACCUGUACUGAAUCAUAAGUGGAACACGGUCACGUUGAAAUGACAUACAAUGACACAUCGAUAAUCAAAUUGUUGACCAACGAACCCGAUUUGUUAAAAGGUGUCAUGAUAUCAAUAAAGGGACGAUAAACGCGAGAUCAUUAGGUCCUGGGAACACUGAAAGCCGAGACGAAACCAAAAUAUGUUCACCUUCGGUCCAGAUCGCCUCUGGAUAUUGAUGACGGUGGUCAUCUUGGCAACAACUUCACCCCUACCAGGACCCGACGAACAACUUCGUCCAGCAGGCCGCAAAGUGAUGCUUCUCCUGUUUGAUGGAAUGAGUUGGGACUAUCCUGGUUAUCCAGGUUUGACGGGGUUUCAACGAUUGGCACGGUUAGGGGUAAAGGCACGCUACCUUAUACCGGAGUUUCCGACAAAUACGUUCCCGAAUCAUUACACCAUAGACACGGGUUUGCAUGUGGAAAGUCAUGGUAUGAUUGACAACAACAUCUAUGACUCAAAAACAGAAAAAUACUUUUCGUUCCGCGGGGAUAACUACUACAACCCGACGUGGUGGGACGGAGCAGAACCUUUCUGGAUCACAGCUAAAAUGCAGGGUAUACGGACGCACCUCUUCUACUGGCUCGGCUGCACCCAAACUGUUAGAGGCAUGACAGCUGACCACUGCGUCCCCUACCCCAGCUGGGGUAGUGUGGAGCAUAUCCCAUUCAUGGCCCACUUAGACGAGAGUCUGCACCUCUUACAGUACGACCAAACAGACUUUGUUGCCCUGUACACCGACAACGUCGACCACAACGGUCAUUUUUACGGUGUUCACACAGAACAACAUAACACCUCCCUCCGCAAUGUGGAUGACGCCAUCAACCACCUGGUGGAUGAACUAGAAGUUAGAAACCUGACUGAAACCGUUGACGUCAUUCUGCUCUCAGAUCACGGAAUGAUGGACGCGAAUCGAAGCCAAUUGAUCUACCUCGUGGACUACAUCAGUUACUGGCAAUGGUAUACUACGGACCUGGUGACAGUGAGCUCUGGCUGUGCGGCGUUGUUUCUUUGGCCGAAACGGCCCCAGCAGAUUAUGACGAUGUACGGUCUAUUUGUAAACAAGCACCCGCACCUUCACGUCUACCUCAAGCAGCACUAUUCUGACGUGCCCAACUGGCAUUUUGGAGACAACGAACGGACACCGCCGAUCUUACUAGUCGCUGACCCCGGCUGGUGUAUCAUCAGACCAUUUGACUUCUUCAUUCAAACUGGCAACCAUGGUUGGAGCAACAAUGAGCAAGAAAUGAGGACGAUUUUCAUGGCAUUUGGACCAGAUUUUAAGAAAAACUACCUCGCCAAGCCAAUUCAUAUGGUUGACAUCUACCAACUCUACAGUAGAAUCCUUGGUAUGAAACAACAGACCAACAAUGGCACCUGGAGUCGCGUGAGCAACAUGAUGACAUGGAAUACUGAAGACGUCACUGAUGCGCUGACCUAGUAAUCAGAUUCAGGAGUUCAUUUCAAAGUGACUCAUUCAAUGUUCUACCUUUCCUUUCCUGCCAACACUACUGACGGGAUCUGUUCGUUCGAAGAAUUCUCGAAUUUACA